GACAAGGCAUGUUCAAGUGAUACAUUCCGCUGUAAAGAAGCAAUCUCACCUGGUUCCUACUGUAUACCUAAAAACUGGGAAUGUGAUUCCGAUGCUGAUUGUCCUGGUGGUGAAGAUGAACAUGAAGAUUGCAGCAUUCCUACCUGUCCCUCCAAUCAAUUCCAAUGUAAAUUGGGAGCAGCAAGAUGUGUACCUAAUGGUUGGUUGUGUGAUGGGGAACAUGAUUGUGAUGAUGGUUCUGAUGAAUUACAUGAGACAUGUAUGUAUUCAAAUAUUUUUAAUUUUAUCCUACACAUACAGUUUAUUGACUGCCAAGUCUUAAAGAGAUUGUAA